AUGUGCGGGUGGAUCUGCGAUGCUCGCGACGUUUUUAGCAGUGUUCCUGUCAUGGGUUUGGAAUCCGAUUCAUGCCCAAUCCAGACCACCGCAAUUCGAUUCAAGUGGACGAGGAUACAAAAGAACGAUCCUGCUUCCAGCUUCUGUGCCAGUGUUUCAGCCCAAUCAGUGUUCCUGUCGUGGGUUUGGAAUCCGAUUCAUGCCCAAUCCAGACCACCGCAAUUCGAUUCAAGUGGACGAGGAUACAAAAGAACGAUCCUGCUUCCAGCUUCUGUGCCAGUGUUUCAGCCCAAUGGGACACCCGUCUAUAGACUGCUGGUGUAUGACUACGAUCAAGCUACUCCCCUGCGCUUCACUCUCCUAGGGGCAGGAGCAGUGAAUGCUUUCCGGAUUCGAGCUUUGCCCUGUGAUGCAGGAAGUACCGUAUGUUAUGCGGAAAUAUACCUCAUUAAGCCUGUCGAGGCUGGAAGGAUUUUCGACACCAUCCUUGAAGCGACCAACAAAAAUGGCGCCAAGUGCUUCAGCGGAUUCGACUCUAAGGGUCAUUCGGGUGAACAGAGACAAGGGCCAGAAUCGUUUGCCAACUUGCGAGCUACGACAAUUGGCCGGUGCGUGAACCGACCAGGGAUUCUCUCCCAAACAGCGCAAGCCUUUGUUCAAAUCGACAGCCCUGUUGAAGGGUCCUUUUCGAACAGCUGCAGGCGCGUCCCAAGACGCGCCAACGAUGGAGGGGACAAUUCCUUCAAAAUGGACAGAAGUCCCUUGCCGGAACAAAAUUUGGACAUCACCUUGAAACUGAAUGCUCCAUUAGACUACGAAAAGGAGAACCUGUACCACAUGUUCAUGGUUUGUGAAUACGCAAAAGUUGAAACAGACUUGGACACGAGAAAUCUCGUCUCUGUUGAGCUUUUGAUCAAAGUGGAAGGCGAACAAGAUACUCCACCGAUUUUCACUUACGCUCCUCCGCUGACUCGAGUCCCUGGAACUGUGAAACCCGGAGACGAGUUAGUUCGUGUGAAGGCGAAAGACGCAGAUUUAGGCCAAAACCCUCGGGAAAUCAGGUACUCUUUGUGGCAAUCCCCGGACAAUCCUUGGCUUCAAUUCUUCCACAUCGGAGAGAAAAAUGGUUCGGUGACAUUGAAAGCAAAGUUGGAUGAUCUGUUGGAAGCCGUCGAAAGCGAAUGCGUGGUUAUGCUGACGAUAGAAGCCGAGGAGUUGAUCACGUCCGAAACGGAUUUCAACAGUGCCAAUCAAGCAACCAAAACCACUAUCGGCUUCGUCAUGGACGAAGCGAGAGUCAGAAAUCCGCCCUCAUUUUCCACAGAAUCAAUAUUCGCAUCAGUCAAAGAGCAUUCACCCAGUGGAACCGAGGUGUUGUAUUCAGGAACCAACACGAGGCCAUACGUCAUCAACCCAAACGCAGAUGGAAGAUCAGUGGUUCAAGUGGCAAUUACAGACGACGACAAUGGAUUAUUCGAAGUCAGUCCGACGGUAAUGACUCAGGGAAUGCAAGACAUACAAAUCAGGGUCAAAGACAGCUCGAAACUCGACUACGAAAAGAUGACUGAAGCCACAUUCAAGUUGCUUGCCUACCGAGUCGGCAACGGAUUGUCAACAACUGUCACUACAGAAGUGACCGUAAAAAUCGAAGACGUCAACGACAACGCCCCGGUUUUUUCGAAAACAAGAUACUUCGCUCAGGUGCCAGAGGAUGCCAAAAGUGGCACUCAAAUUAUUCAGGCAAACGCGGACUCUCCAGACACGGCUUUUGGUCAAGUGCUGUUCACUCGACUUGACGGGCCAAAUUUGGAUAAAUUCAUUUUGGAACAAUCUUCUGGGAUCCUGAAAAUCGCCCGGAACCCAUUGCUGCAAUUUUCUUCCCCUGGCCCCAUCAUGAAACCUCGCAACAAAUCGAAGAUGCAUGAAGAAAGUCUUUCUGAAAUAAAUGUACGUUCCGAGUCCCCAAUCUUCGACCAGCUGACGAUCUAUUCAAACCCGGACGACGCUGCCAAAAGAAACCGCGGAGUCAAUGACAAUUACGUCAUUGUUUUGAUUGUGAAAGCUUUCGACAAAGGAAAUCCGAGCAUGUACUCGACAGUACCUGUGGAAAUCUACACUCAAGAAACCGUGGAAAGAACAUUGCGCUUUGUUCUACCUCAUUCAGUGGCACAAAUCAGAGGAAAUCAGACGGCAUUCGAACAAAUGUUGAAGGCCAUUUCAGGUGGACGCAGAGUGGAUAUUGUCAAUGUCGAUCCUUACAACGGAGACGCUGACGCUAGUUUGAACAACAUACCCGACGCUCCUUCGAAGGGGAAGAGCAUCGUUACAGCGAGUGUACUUCUACCUGUCAACGCAUUGGUGGACGUGGCUCAAAUUGUGAGCAGUGUCUCGCAGAGUGAACAAGAUCCAGAAGUGAGAGAACUUCGAGCAGCCAACACAGACCUUCUGGCGAUCAUCAUCGCACUGACAGUUAUCCUUCUGUUCAUCAUCAUCCUGCUGAUUAUCUGGCUGAUCAACAAGCGCAACAAAAUGAAGGAGAACGAGAAGGCCAUGCUGUUGAAGGACGAAGAGAGCAACAAUAAUAGCAACGGUGAAGCCCUGAAUUUGCGGCAGAGAAUCCAGCAAGUGUUUUCUCCAGGCACUUAUCAGCGCCCGAUAGGUAGAUCUUCUCCCGGUCGAGGUCGCGUCGGGAUCUGGUCUCCAACACACGGCGGUGGAGAUUCUUUGCCAGCAAGGGAGCGAAGGUAUCAAAGAGCCGCAGGCAACCAGCAACAGCAGAGCUCUUUGAUUCCUGGCAAGAGCAAUGGAAGACGGUUUUUCAUCGUCAGAGACGCUGAUGGAAUGGUCCGGGGGCCUGAAACGUUGCGUGAAGGAGAGCAAUACAUGUUGGAAGACAUCGAAGAUGAAGCAGGCACAGAAACCUUUCGACAAUACGAAUACGAGCGCGGAAGCCACGUGAACGUGUACGAAGAUGACCAGUACAGACAACAACACGAGGCAUUUUUCAUUGACCCCGAAUCAGGUCGUCGACACAGAUUCUCCCAAAUCGGCAACAGCCAGAUCCUCACACUCGUCACGCCGAAACGGGGACGUCGAGAAUCCGACGGGUUCCACGCUGACGACAGAGAAGGAUACCAUUCUUUGCCGUACAACAAUGACGAACGUCAAGGGAACUGGCGUCAAGCCAGAUCAGGUAGUGAUAGUCAAUUAAUCGUUCCACUGGAAGAGUAUCAACGGAAUCAACUUGCUUCCGGUUUGGACGAGCGGAUCGGCAAGGAAAUGAUCAUGAACCGGUUUAUGGAACAUCAGCAAAAUCAAGACGGCGUGGACGAAAAUGGAAGGAGACGUCGAAAGAUUCAUACACCGAUUGCUGAAGAAACUAUGAGCGCUCUAGAGCUGGAAAUGAGAGAUGGCCGAAUGACGAAAGAUGGCCGUCGUCGGUCGAACAGCGUCGGAAAGCAAAUGGGCGCCUUGGAGGAGGAAUCCGAAAGCAGGAUCGGAAUCGAAGAUAUCAACACGACAAAAUUAGAUCCCCCAGCGUCUCCUUUUGUCGGCUAUGUUCAUAACAAAGCCAGCAAACUUCGCCACAAGAGCAGCCUCGGAAGGCUUGACGAAGACGACAGUUUCCAUCACACGCACUUGACUCGAAACAGUCAGAGCGUCAUGUCAAUGUACCCUCCUGGUGAAAAUGCGUUGAUGCAAGGACAGCAAUUGUCGAGAAGAAACAGCAUCGCAGCCAUUGAAGGGAUUGCGAGACGUAGAAGCAGUGCGAGUGCAAGAGCAGAAUUGAGAAGAAAUAGUACGGUGGGAUUUGAAAAUGUCAAAUUCGGACCUUUGGACAGAAGCAUGAAUUACGACAGGUCGUGGUCCAACUCGGUGGAGCCAGAUGGCGACAGAUCCGAGAAGCGGCGCCACAACAGCGACCCGAACGACGCGAGAAUGGCGAAAAACAAUGACUACAUGCAGCAACAACAAGCGUCGUUUGACGACAGGAAACGUGGCAGCAGUGCCAAGGACUCGUUUUCUCCGGAAAAUCAUCGUCGGACGCGUCGUGAUUCGAGCUAUCAAGGUGGAUCACGAAGAAACGAUUGGUAUCUCGGGUCUGAUUCCGAAUCCCCACUUCGUAGGAAGUUGCAACAGCCGUCGGAAGAAGAGCAGCAGCACGCAAGAGUAGGGAGAAAAAGGUCGUCCACAGACGGAGGAACAGGAAUCGGAGUUUUGAAUUCCCCGAAGCAGCGAGACACGAAUCGCACAAAUCGUCAUGAUUAUGCACAAGACGCCUUUUACAGAAAUCGGUUGGAGCAGUCUGGGGCAAGACUGGAAAGUGCUUUGCAACAACAACAACAACAACAGCAACAGCAAAAAAAUUUGGAAAGAAGACAGAGCAAGGACACGAACGACAUAAUCGACAACAGCGAAGCCCGUCGCCGCCGGGCAUCCCGCGAAGCACGCCGCAUGGCCAGCGGCUCCAACAACAACAACAACAACGCGUCAGCAGCACUCGCCUACAACAAUAACAGGCUCAACGACGCGUCAUCCCUGUCACUGUCCGACAUCCGCGGCGAGGCUCAAAUCCGGGAACUCCGUCGUCGCCGCGACGAGGCCGUGUCACGCGACGGGAACCGCGGCGACCUAUUCGCUGACGAACUCCGUCGCGAGUCCGACCUGGAAAAGCGUCUCAAGAGCGCCGACAUUGUCGACGCAGCAGCUGCGAGACGAUCCCGCACGCGGCUCAACGACGCGUCAUCCCUGUCACUGUCCGACAUCCGCGGCGAGGCUCAAAUCCGGGAACUCCGUCGUCGCCGCGACGAGGCCGUGUCACGCGACGGGAACCGCGGCGACCUAUUCGCUGACGAACUCCGUCGCGAGUCCGACCUGGAAAAGCGUCUCAAGAGCGCCGACAUUGUCGACGCAGCAGCUGCGAGACGAUCCCGCACGCGGUCAUCCAACAACAACGAACAUCAUCAUCCCCGCUACGACGCCAGCAUCUCGGACGACGCCAAGAUCCUGAGACAGGCGCCUUCAGCUGGUGGCGGCGGCGGCGGCGGUGCGGGGCGGCGCAGGGGCUCCGUCGUGCCCGACAGCUCGGACUUGGCCGCCUUCCGAGCCCCGGAUACUGGUGCUGAGCAGGACCUGGACAGUGGGAUCUCGAGCAACGUCGGCGGCGGGGGCCGGCGACGCAAAAAGAGCCAGCAAAUGCUGGAGAAGAAAAGUGUCUUUACAAUCAAGUACGACGAUGUGCAGAAUAGACACUUCACAGACCUGUCGAAAAAUUCCCCGCAACAAACUCUGCUCUCGUGUUGGCAGUGA